ACUCCUAUUUCAUCACAAGCUCUUCUCACAGAAUGAGAAUCAAUGGAAUACAUCGCUUUCAUAGACGUUGGAAAAAGCCAUUUUUAACAGCAGGAUAUUAGUUGGUUUUAUCUUACAGAAAUCUGCAGAGAUCUUUAAGGACCACUUGCUGAAUUGCCCAUUUCAAAAUGACCUUUCAUAGCCUUCUGUAUAUGAUUGUCAUGCCUUGUUUCUGCCUAUCACAAUUAUCAAGUAGUGAACAUUCAUUGAACAAUAAUACCAGUCGACCCAAGUGCACCUAUACCUUUGUGGUUCCACAGCAGAAGAUAACUGGGGCUAUAUGUGUGAGCACAGCAAGGUUUCCUGAAGCAUUUGGAGCAAAUAGAAGUGAGGUGCAGGAGCUGAAAGAAGAAUUAAGUCGUCAGCAAACAGAGAUUAAGGAGCUGAAGAAGCUUGUGGAAGUGGACCAUGAUGUGGCCACAGAAAUGGAGCAUCUACGUAAAGAAAGCAGGAGCAUGGAGUCCCGUCUUAGUCACCUCCAAACUCAGCUGCUCCAUGAAGUCAUCCUACGGAAAAAUGAGUCUACAGAAAUAAUACAGGGAGAAAACAGAGGAAUCAAUGCCACCUCUGAAGUUCUCAAGUUGGCUUCUAAAUACAGGGACCUCCAAGAGAAAUAUAAUUUCCUGGCUUCUGUAAUCAACAACCAGAGCUUGACCAUAGCACGUUUGGAAGAACAAUGUCUCCAAAACCUUGUUCGCCACCAAGCAGACCAGGAUCCAAUUCAAAAACCACCAGCUGGUGGUUCUCCUACUGAUGGAAGAACAAAGCACAACAUUGAGAUUCAGGACGACCAAACCAAAGAUGGAUCUGAUAGAAAGGAGGUACCUUCAACGGAACCAGCCUCCAGUGCUCCUGCUGUUAUGACUACAGAGACCACCGAGUCUUUAGGUCCUUGGCUGGAUUGCUAUGAUGUACUCUUAGAUGGGAAGACAUCCAGUGGCAUCUACGUUCUGAAACCAUUAGUCGGAAACCAGGUGAUGCAAGCCUGGUGUGACCAGGAAGUAGCAGAGGGAGGGUGGACAGUCAUCCAAAGAAGACAGGACGGAUCUACCAAUUUCUUCACAACCUGGCAUAACUACAAGCAUGGAUUCGGCCACUUGGACGGUGAAUAUUGGUUGGGCCUGGAGAACAUUUAUUGGCUAGUCAGCCAAGGGAGUUACAAGCUUUUGAUCCUUAUGGAAGAUUGGCAAGGUCGGACCGUUCAUGCUGAGUAUGACUAUUUUCGCCUGGAACCAGAGAGUGAUUUCUACCGAUUGCGUGUGGGCCUUUAUCGUGGCAAUGCUGGUGAUUCGCUCUCUUGGCAUAAUGCCAAACAAUUUACGACCCUUGAUAAGGACAAGGAUUCUUACAGUGGUAACUGUGCUCAUUUCCAAAAGGGAGGAUGGUGGUAUAAUAUGUGUGCUCACUCGAACCUCAACGGGGUGUGGUAUAGGGGUGGCCAUUACCGCAGCCGCUUCCAAGAUGGCGUUUAUUGGGCUGAAUUUCGUGGUGGUGCUUAUUCACUUAAAAAGGUUUCCAUGUUAGUGAAACCCAUUAAAUAAUUAUUAUAAAAAAAAAAAAAAUCACCUUUCUAUAGACUUUACAUUCAACAUUCUGUUAUAUAUAAUAAUAAUACAAAGAAAC